AUGAGGGCACAUCUGGGCCAGCGCCAGGUAGCUGUGUUGACCAGAGAUGGACACAAGGUCAUCCUAGAGAAGAUAGAAGACUGGAAUGUGGUAGAACUCAUGGUAAACGAAGAAAUUGUCUUCCACUCUAACAUCAAAGACUUGGAGUUUGGAGGUGAUGGUAAACUAGACCCGCUGUGUGAAGAGGCCAGGAUAGCCGUCCUAAAUGCCUACUGA